CCAAAAAAGUAAAAUGCGAUUUAUUAUUUAUGCGCUUUUGGGCUGCGUCUGGUGGGACGUCACUUCCGGAGCUCGCAGAAUUAAGCUCGGCUUGGGAGAACCAAAUUCGCCAGAAACACGGAACGCACAACCUGUCGUUGACUAUUGGUUCCAACAGAAAUUAGAUCAUUUCAACGCUACUGAUAAGAGAACAUGGAAACAGAGGUACCAAAUUAAUGAACAAUUUUACAAAUCAGGAGGUCCGGUAUUUCUUAUGAUAGGAGGCGAGGACAAGAUGUCAUCGAAAUGGACCAACUCCGGUGCUUGGAUAGAGUACGCCGGAGAAUUCAAUGCUGUGUGCUUUCAAUUGGAACAUCGAUUUUACGGCGAUAGCCACCCUACCGAAGACGCGAGCACUGCCAAUUUGGUGUACUUAAGCACCGAACAAGCGUUGGCCGAUCUAGCGGAAUUCAUGGUCGGCACGAAAGCCAAAUAUAAUAUUUCUCCUGAGAGCAAAUGGAUAGCGUUCGGUGGGUCGUAUUCCGGAUCGUUGGCCGCAUGGUUGAGAAUGAAGUAUCCGCAUCUCGUUCACGCUGCUGUUUCAUCGAGCGCUCCUCUUCUGGCCAAAAUUGAUUUUCACGAAUAUUAUAAAGUAGUGGAAGACGCUUUGUCCACGUAUAAGCCGGCUUGUGUGACGCAAAUAAAACUAGCCAAUCAAAUGUUGAACGCCAUCAUCGAAAGUGACAAGGAAAUAAAAUAUAUCAAUAAAAAAUUCAAAUUGUGUGAUCCGCUGAACGCGAAAAACAAUAAAGACGUGUCGAUUUUGUUUGAAACGUUAGCCGGUAACUUUGCGGGAAUAGUGCAAUACAAUAAAGAUAACAGAUUAAGCAACAGGACGAAUGAAAUUACAUUAGAGACUUUGUGCGACAUAAUGACUAACGAAUCAAUUGCGUCUCCUUUGGAAAAGUACGCAGCGGUUAACGACAGAAUGUUAUCCUCGAACAACUUGACUUGUACGGAUUACGUGUACGAAAACACAGUGAAUAUCCUUAAAAAUAUAUCUUGGGAAAGCCCGUACGCCUCAAGCAGGCAAUGGACGUACCAGACAUGUACGGAAUUUGGUUUUUAUCAAACAUCCAAUCAAGACGAACAUGUGUUCGGCAGUAAAUUCCCCGUGAAUUUCUUUACCGACAUGUGCGCAGAAGUUUACGGAGAAAAGUUCGACGCAGAUUUGUUGGCUAAAGGCGUGGACCGAACCAACUGGAUGUACGGAGAAUUGAACAUCAAAGAAACCAGAGUCGUCUACGUCCAUGGUUCGGUGGAUCCGUGGCACGCGUUAGGGAUGACUCGUACGAAGACAGUGAAAACAGCUGCAAUCUAUAUUGUCGGAACGGCUCACUGUGCAAAUAUGUAUCCAUCGGCUACCACGGAUCUCCCGCAGCUGACCAAAGCUCGGGCUACCAUAAAAGCUUUUUUGACUGAUUGGUUGACCAUCUCGGAUGACUUGGAUUCCGCGAAUCAGGAGACCGUUCCAUUCGAUUAACUGACACUUAAAUAAUUUUAUUCAAAACAAUUUUUAAAACGUAUUUGUUUUUUAACUCAUGAUAAACU